AUAUCUAACGUUGAAAAUCUGAACUGGAUGCGAAGGUUUGCCCAAUAAAAGCACUUACGUCAAUUAAUCAUGCCUCGGGAGAUUAUUACCUUGCAGCUUGGACAAUGUGGCAACCAGAUUGGUAUGGAGUUUUGGAAGCAGCUGUGUCUAGAACAUGGAAUCAGCCCGGAAGGAAUUCUUGAAGAUUUCGCAACGGAUGGAUCAGAUCGCAAGGAUGUCUUUUUUUAUCAGGCUGAUGAUGAACAUUACAUACCCAGAGCAGUUUUGCUAGACUUGGAACCCAGGGUCAUCCAUGGAAUUCAGAACUCUCCCUAUGCCAACCUGUACAAUCCAGAAAACAUCUACAUCUCCAAGCAUGGAGGGGGAGCUGGAAACAACUGGGCAUCAGGCUACACACAGGGUGAAAGACUGUAUGAAGAGGUUUUUGACAUCAUAGAUAGAGAAGCCGAUAACAGUGAUAGUCUUGAGGGUUUUGUGUUGUGUCAUUCCAUCGCUGGUGGGACUGGGUCUGGUAUGGGAUCCUAUAUCCUGGAGAAAUUGAAUGACAGGUUUCCUAAGAAGUUGAUCCAGACCUACUCGGUGUUUCCCAACCAACAGGAGAUAAGUGAUGUCGUUGUGCAACCUUAUAACUCCAUGCUUACAUUGAAGAGAUUGACACAGAACAGUGACUGUGUGGUGGUACUUGACAACACGGCUCUGAACAGGAUAGCCACCGAGAGGCUCCAUCUUCAACAGCCAGAUUUCUUACAGAUCAACCAGAUGGUGUCAACCAUCAUGUCAACCAGCACCACGACGCUGAGGUACCCUGGCUAUAUGAACAAUGAUCUGAUAGGACUGGUAGCUUCCCUCAUCCCUACUCCUAGGCUUCAUUUCCUUAUGACUGGUUAUACACCUCUUACACUGGGAACAGACACCAAGCUGGCGAGUGUGAGGAAGACCACGGUCCUUGACGUGAUGCGCCGUCUCCUGCAGCCCAAGAAUAUCAUGGUGUCUACCACAUUGAGAGAUAAACAGAGUAGUCAUUGCUACAUCUCAAUCCUCAACAUCAUACAGGGAGAGGUUGACCCAACACAGGUCCACAAGAGUCUUCAAAGGAUACGAGAACGAAAACUUGCCAACUUCAUACCGUGGGGACCAGCGAGUAUUCAGGUCGCUCUAUCUAAGAAAUCUCCCUAUGUACAAACAGCUCACAGAGUCAGUGGUUUGAUGUUAGCAAACCAUACCAGCAUCGUCUCACUGUUCGAGAGGACAUGCCAGCAGUUCGACAAGCUUCGGAAGCGAGAGGCUUUCCUGGAGCAGUUCCGUAAGGAGAGUAUCUUCAAGGAUAAUCUUGAUGAGUUGGAUGAUUCUAGAGAGGUUGUUCAGCAGUUGAUUGAUGAGUGCCAUGCUGCUACUAAACCUGAUUAUAUCUCAUGGGGCACUCAACAGAGUGCUCAAGCUUCAAAGUCGUGAGACAAACAAGAAAAGCAAAGCAAGCUGUAGGAUAUGUCAACAGUCCAAGUCCGAUUUAUUGGAGCUUAUGUUGAAUUCUACUUAAACAAUUCCACAGAUGCUUGAGACUGCUCUUCUUUGACUAACACCCUUGGACAUAUCAUUGUGAGCUGUUGAUUGGUCUCAGGGAGUGGGCUUUGAAAGACUGUAGUGGAAAGACUCAUAAAGGCUUUGAGAUAGGAAGAAACAAGCCACCA